CUACUGAAUACUCAAUGAGGUCCUAGCUGUAGCUGUGCAAAUAAAGAGAGAUAACGGGCCGCGAACUACGAGCUAAAACUGUUUUUUUUUUUAUUUUUUUUGUUAUGACAUGUUAGAGGGAUAGUUUAACAAGUUACUAACAGGGAUUCCAGGUGAGGAAUAUCGCUAUACGAGCAGGAAGAAGGGCGAUAUUUCCAGCUGUGGGGUGUGGAAAAGCCCGGACGCGCCGUUAUAAACUUAGCAAGUCAUCGAAGUUGUCUAAACAAGUGACUGUGGCACAGAGAGAAAUAUAGCCGCAGUUAAAGAUGAGCUUGUUGUCUGCCAUUGACAGCAGCACCUCGGUGUACCAGCCCGCACAGCUUUUAAACUGGGUUUAUCUCUCUUUGCAAGACACGCAUCAGACCAGCGCUUUCGAUGCUUUCCGACCCGAAGCGAGUUCUGGCCAUCCGGAUCUGAGCUACAGUAAAACCCCUGCAGCCGAACUCGGCUCCUCUCUCAGCUCCAACUAUCUCAACAGCUUUUUUCAGCUACAACGCAACGAGGCCCUGAAUAAUGGCUUAUAUAAAAGUGUUUCUCCGUAUGGCUCUCUGAACAACAUCGUGGACGGACUGAGCUCUCUAACAGACCACUUCUCUGACCUCUCCCUGACGUCUGAGCCACGCAAGCCUAGCAAGAGACCUCCACCUAACUACCUUUGCCAUCUCUGCUUUAAUAAGGGCCAUUACAUCAAGGAUUGCCCUCAGGCUCGGCCCAAAGGUGAGGGACUGACACCUUAUCAAGGAAAGAAGAGGUGCUUUGGAGAGUACAAGUGUCCCAAAUGUAAAAGGAAGUGGAUGAGUGGAAACUCCUGGGCCAAUAUGGGACAGGAGUGUAUCAAGUGUCAUAUCAACGUGUACCCUCACAAACAGCGUCCUCUGGAGAAGCCUGAUGGCCUGGAUGUUUCUGAUCAGAGUAAGGAGCACCCGCAGCAUCUGUGUGAGAAGUGCAAAGUCCUUGGCUACUACUGCCGCCGAGUGCAAUAAGGACCUGCAGGUCUGUGCCCACUCCUGCCUCCCUCUCCCACUGCCCAUCUUUCCCUCUGCCCUACUCAUGAAGAGCUCCAAGAAAAAGUGAAAUGUGCCAAAAUGGUUUUGUAAAUAUUGCUAAUGCAAUUAUGGCCUUGUGUAUCAAAAGCAUAAAACACAUUUAUUUGAAAUAUGUGUAUAAUGGAUGAUUGAUCAUGUGUAUUAGAAGGGUGUCACUGCCAGUAUUGAUAUCCAAACCGGGCACAAUAGGUGAACUCAGCCUUGUGUUCUCUGACUGCGUGUUUACAGACUGCCGUCAUUUUCCCUGUCAAGUGAACUAUGUGGAUGUGCUGAGUGGUAAAGGUAUUAUAUUAGUUCAGUCACACAGGGCUGAGUAUGCCUUGCAAUGUUCUUUGGGUCAACAGCACACCAAUUUAACUGUGAAUUAACAGGGGAUAUUGUACUAGUCAUCCCUGGCUUUUAUGUUCCAUAUUUAUUUGUAAUGUUAUUAUAUCGCCGUGCAAUUGAUUCAACUUAACUGGGAUUUGUAUGCACAUAUUGUUUAACCCCACCUCUGGCCAUUAGAAACUACUGUAGGAUAGAUAGAAUUAUAGGAUAAAAUUAUCUUAGCAAAUUCCUACUUUGUCGUACAUGUUUUCUAUAUAAACACACAGCAUGCAAGAUAACGUUACCAAACACUACAGCAUUCAACAGCAGGAUGUACCAGAGUUAACAUAUAUAUAUAUAUGUGUAUUAUUUUUUUUGUUUGUUUGUAGGUUUUGUUUUUGUUUUAUGGACAACAAUGAAAUGCAACAUACACAAGUCUUAGUCAUUUUACUGAGCAGUAGCACAUGUAGAUUCACAAUAUUAUAGGUCUAAAUACUCCUUCAUUCUGUUCAGGAUAGAAUCAGUAUUAGAAUCUCAACGUAUCAUUUCAGUUACUUUUAAGAUGUCAUGAUGACAGGAUCCUGACCUUUAUGUAUCUAUGCAAUCCUACAUUGGCUUUGUCUUCAAAUAGCCGAAGUGCCAGAUGUCUAUGGUGUACUAAUAGCAUUUAUUAGUGUAUCAAAAAGUACUUAAAGAUUAUGUGCUAAAAUCAGCCAGACCAGCUCUGAUGUACGCAAACCUACCUGAUAUCUGUCAAGUACUAUAACAGUGUAAGAACUUCUUUUAAAUUUAUAUGACAGGUUUACUUUUAUUUUGAUACAGAAAUUUAAGGGACUGUAGUGAUAUCCCAAAAAAAAAAAAACAUACAUCUCUUCUAAAGAUUUAUAUAUGAUGGCUGUAUAAAAGUUUUGCUUUGAUCUGCAUUUUCAAAUUAGCAAUAGAAGUGACAAAUGAUGGAUUUAGUCCCAUCAGAGCUGUGAUUUUUGGGAAAUAAUUGUGUAAAAGUGUAGUUUGACACGGAGGCAACGUGGAUGAGACGUGAGAAAAGGAAAAGGUAUGUUAUAGUGAAAGGCCUUGAAAGGUCUCAAACUGACAAGCUGUGGUUUUGGUUACAGUUGAUUGAACAUAGGAUCUUGGAAGUAUUUGAGGAAUGUAGUUUAUUGUAAAGAAAUUCUCAUGGGGGAAGGACAUAAAAUAUUACUUACAAGAUGGAAAGACUAUACUGUAGUUUACCUCUGUUUUCUAAGCAUCUACAUACUAAGCGGUCACAUCUGAGUGUGAUCAGUGGGCAGUUCAUUUAUAUAACAUUAAAUGUAGCUUUAGUUUGUAUUACAAAAGUCAUUUGUAGACAUUUUGUAAGCUUCAGCUGAUGGAAGUUAUAACAGAUGGAAUAUUGUCUUGUCAAAAGUCUAGAUGUACAUAUAAAGUCAAACACAUUUCUUGAUUAUAUAGAGUGUGUAUAAUUGUUUACUAAACUUUAAAAGUCCUAAUUUCAUAUAUAUAUAUAUAUAUAUAUAUAUAUAUAUAUAUAUAUAUAUAUAUAUAUAUAUAUAUAUAUAUAUAUAUAUAUAUAUAUAAUUGUUUAGUAGAGAAAAAACUGUUCGAUACAAAAAGAAGUAAACCGUGCCUGAAAUGUUGAGGUUCCAGGAGGUAAAUGUCAUGUCUCGUGCUGGUCUAAGAUGUGAAUUUGAUGGGGCGGCAAGGUAACGGACCCAUUAGCACUGAAAACCUAAAACCAUCAUAUAUUUUACCCUCCAUUUAUUACUGUUUGCGGUGCCUUAGAUUUGAUGUCCUGGUGGUAAAUCUUCACUAAGGGCUGCUCCAGAGGACUCAGCAGCGAGGUAGAAAAAUCACUGCCUCACAAAAUAAAUAAAUAAACGUACAGCUCUGUUCAGAUUCGGUCCAGCUAUUUCAUCAGUGUUAGUCCACGACUAGAGCUUCUUCAUUGCUCAAUAAAUGCAGUUUUACUGUGGAAUCUUGUUGCUAAUCUCUCUUCUGUGCCCACAUUGCUACAUGGCAAGUUUUACUUCCAGCCUCAUUUAGCUUGGAAGGAGUUAUACUGUGUUUUGAUCAUUGUGGGAGAUCAGCCAGUGCCUGCUUUCUCAGUGAAAAGCCAAGACUUCAGUGUAAUCACUCAACACAACACUGUGUACAUAACUAGGACUAAAUAGUGUUUUUCUCAGAAGCUAAUUUUCUAAUCACUCAAAGUAGUUACUAUUUACUGUCAUGCAUCCUUUCAGGCAAAAAAAAAAAGUUAACUGAUUUAUAAAAGUGGUAAAAAAAAGAGAUGAUCAUUACCGUAGGUUUUGUUUCUUUGUUUGUUUUAUGCCCUGUGAUGUGCUCAUUUUGCUCUUAUAGCCAGAGAGGCUUGGAGCGAUUGCAGGUAGUGAUGUACAUGCAUUUACAGUACAAGUGCUUUUGCGCAUGUGUUUGCCUUGAAAUACGUAUACUUGACUUUUAUAGCUCACUUUUAUGAACGAUAUGUGUAUUUUGGAAACCAGUAUAGAUGUGGAAAAUUUUGCCAUUUGAAACCAGAUGCCAGAGUUUGUUUGUUUUUCUUUCUUUCUUUCUUUCUUUCUUUCUUUCUUUCUUUCUUUCUUUCUUUCUUUCUUUCUUUCUUUCUUUCUUUCUUUCUUUCUUUCUUUCCCUUUCAAAGACAAUUUUAUGUUUGUUUUUGUGUAUAUAUUCGAUGGCCAUCCAUUUUUAAGUUAGCUCUUUUGUGAAAUGUUGUGAUGCAAUAUUAAAAAGAUUUUAAUGCGAAAAAGGGCAGAUUUUUGAGAUACAAAAGAGCUGGGAGUUUUUACAUUGUUUUACAAUAAUCUUAGGUUGUAUCCUACAGAAAUAUUUAUAGAAGGUCUUUCUGCAUUUUCUUUUCUUUUUUUUUUGUAUAAAAAGCAACAGAACUACACUAUGAAGGAAAUAUUGAUAAUGACAUAAUAUUAUUCAAAGGUUGGUACAUAAUUAUUAUGCCCUUUUAAGCCAUUUAAUGUUUUGGUUUUUUUUUGUUUUUAGAUCUUCUCAGUAUAUAUAUAGUAACUUUAUAAUACUACAAACGUAAGUGCUUUAAUAUGGCUAUAAAGUCACCGUGUGUCUGCACAGAUGUUUUGAAUAGCAGUUUUAGGAAAGCAAUAACAUUGUACUAACACACACUUCAUGUAAAAGACUGACUCACACCACUGUAAGUCAAACUGUAUCAAACUGUGAGUGUUUUCAUGUCACCAGUUAAUGCCAAGUCAAAGAAAGAAUAUGAAUUUUCUUCAUCUUUUUUGAAAUUUACAAUUUGCUAAAUUGUGUGAGACAAAGAACUGUAGUUGAGUUUGCAUGUGCAUGUAUUUUAACAGAUUUAAUAAUUAUACGUUUGUGCAAUUUAUUAUUUAAAUCUAUUAUUAUUAGUUCAUGUAAUUUCUUGGAGACGUGCUUUCAUAGAGUUCACCUCACAAAUAACUGAUUGUUAUAAUUCAAUGCCUUUAUUCACUUGUAGGAUAUAUCGAUUAAUACGUAUUUACUGAAUGUACUGAUGAAUCUCUCAUGUGAUCAGAUAGAAAUGUAUGUUUAUGUUUAUAAUGUCUGUAACAUUUUUGAAAUCAUAUUGGAUUGGACAGAGCAACAGCGUGAUAACGGAGGUUUUUAAAGAGAAAACGACUGUCGCUUAAAGUCCAUGAAAUGGCAUUCCGAUAUGUGCCUUAUUUGUUAGUUAGGAAAUGGAAUACUAUGUGCUUUUAGGGUUUUCUCGAAUUAAAACAAUGAAACUAAAUUCA